CCGAGGCCUAGCAAAGAGUGCCCGGGGAUCCAAAACUGCAGGCCGCACUUAGCUUACCGUCAAAAAUAAACCAAAACAAUAACAGACAAAACGGACAAGGCGAAGAAACACCGAUAGAGUCGGGAGACGACGUUAUCAGAGGGGUUGAUUACCUUGAUGGAAGGAAGCACAUCAAAUAUCCUGUUGGUUUUAUUCUAAGGUUCUUGUCAUCAAAUGUGAAGUCAUUUUUCUGACUAAAGACAUGGACCAAGGUGGAGGGGUGUUGGAGCUACACACACAGGAGCUGAAGAUGCCUCAUACUAUGAUCAUGCAAGACUUUGUUGCAGGCAUGGGGGGUCUGGCUCACAUCGAUGGGGAGCACAUUGUGGUCUCUGUGCCUGAGGGUAUGCUUCUUUCUGAUGUAAUGACGGACGAAGGCAUCCUCCUGGAGCAUGGGCUUGAGGUGGAGGGCCUGGAGACCCAGGUGGUUCAAGACCUGGAGACAGAAGUGGUUGAAGGACUGGAGACUGAAGUUGUGGAGAGUUUACACACAGACGUGGAGGGCUUGGAAGCAGAGGUGGUUGACGGUCUCCAGACACAGGUGGUGGAGCUGGAGGCUCAAGUUGUCGAAGGCCUGGAGGGUGAGGUAGAAGUGGAGGGUCUAGAGGCGCAAGUGGUAGGGGGUCUAGAAACUGAGGUAGAUGUGGAAGACCUGGAAGCUCAUGUUGUCGAGGGCCUCGAGGAGGAGGUGGAAGUCGAGGGCUUGGAAGCAGAGGUUGUUGAAGGCCUAGAGGUAGAUGUAGAAGAUCUGCAAUCUCAAGGGGUAGAGGGCCAUGAAAUGACCAGUGAGGACAUGGUGACCUCAGAACACAGUGUGAUCAUGCCUGAGAAUAUCCUGGGAACAGAAGUUGCAAUAGAGGAAGCUCUUGACGCCCACCACCACCACCACCACCACCAUGUCCUCACCUCAGACCUCAUCCAGGACUCCAACCACCACCACGAUGACAUGCCAGACCAGGUGUUUGUGGCAGAGCUUCUUUCUGAGCACCAGGACAACACUCUGGACCACCAACUCGUUACAGAAGGGUUGAUCGUGACCGAGGCCAACUCCGAGACCAUAAUCCACGAACAGCUGCCAACUGAGGCUGUUCCCCUGCAGACAGAUGAGGAUGAUGAUGCAAGAAGCAGCUCUGAGGAUUACCUCAUGAUCUCCUUGGAUGAGGUGGGAGAGAAGUUGGACAUCGGAGACACUCCCCUUGAGAUCAGCACUGAGGUAAUGGAAGACAAGGAGUCCAAGGAGGAGGACGGCUCUGAGGUCAUCAAAGUCUACAUUUUCAAAGCUGAAGCAGACGACGAUUUAGGUGGAACAGAGGUAAUAACUGAGGAUGAUUACCAGAACGGCCAUCCUGAUCUUGAGGCUGCAUCGUCGGGAAGACUGGGAGUUGGUCGCGACAAGAUGGUCUACAUGGCCGUCAAGAACCAUCCAAAAGAAGAAGAUGAUGAUGAGGAUGACAGUGAUGAGGAUGAGGAUGAUGACAUCAGUAAUACCAUUGAUCAGGUGAAGAAUGGAGCAGCUACACCAUUCCUUCAAAUCCGAGAGGGGCUAGGCGCCAACCGUGUGCUCAAACCCAAAACUAAGAAGAAGAAGAAAGGAGACACGCGGCAGUGUCAGACUGCUGUCAUCAUUGGACCUGAUGGUAUGCCUCUAACUGUCUACCCCUGCCACAUAUGUGGGAAGAAGUUUCGCUCGCGAGGCUUCCUCAAAUGCCACAUGAAGAACCACCCAGACCACCUGUUAAAGAAGAAAUACCAGUGUACGGACUGCGACUUCACCACCAACAAGAAGGUCAGUUUCCACAACCACUUGGAGAGUCACAAGCUGCUAAGCCACAACAGCGAGCGCUCUCCAGAAUACACUGAGUACACACGGCGCUACCAUGAGUCCAGUCCCCUGGGUUCUGACAAGCUCAUCGUCAAGGACCGGGAGCCCAAACUACAUCACUGCAAGUACUGCGAUUAUGAGACGGCUGAACAGGGCCUGCUCAACCGUCACCUGCUGGCAGUGCACAGUAAGAACUUUGCACAUGUGUGUGUCGAAUGCGCCAAAGGCUUCCGCCACCCGUCAGAGCUGAAGAAACACAUGCGGACCCACACAGGCGAGAAGCCCUAUCACUGCCCGCACUGCGAGUUCCGCUGUGCAGAUCAGUCCAACCUAAAGACUCACAUCAAGAGCAAGCAUGGAGCAGAUCUGCCUUUCAAGUGCAGCCACUGUCCCCAAGCUUAUGCAGAUGCACGGGAACUUCAGCGUCAUAUAGAGAUGGUACAAGGCCACAAGACCCAUCAGUGCCCACACUGUGAGCACAAGAGCACCAACUCCAGUGACCUGAAACGACACAUUAUCUCUGUUCACACCAAGGACUUCCCCCACCAGUGUGAUGUGUGUGAGAAAGGCUUUCACCGGCCCUCAGAGUUGAAGAAACACGCGGAGACACACAAGGGCAACAAGGUGCACCAGUGCCGGCAUUGUAACUUCAACGCUCCUGACACCUUCACCUUGAGUCGCCAUAUCCUGUCCUUGCAUACAAAGGAUCUCCCCUUUAAGUGCAAGCGGUGCCGGCGAGGCUUCCGACAGCCCGCUGAGCUGAAGAAGCACAUGAAGACACACAGUGGUAGAAAGGUUUAUCAGUGCCAGUAUUGUGAGUAUAACAGUACGGACGCUUCUGGCUUCAAACGCCAUGUCAUCUCCAUUCACACCAAGGACUACCCCCACCGCUGCGACUACUGCACCAAGGGCUUUAGGAGGCCUUCGGAGAAGAGCCAGCACAUAGCCAGGCAUCACAAAGACAUGUUGAUGUAAUCGUACACACAAACACACUCCUCUUUCCUGAGUAAAUAUGUGUCACACACCCAGAGGUAAUUUUAGUGUAUUAACAAAGAAAUGACGGAUGUAGGCUGUUGAUGAAGACGACAACAUUAUAAUUGCCGUUCUGUGUUCUGUGUUGUAAUGGGUGUAAACCUCCUCCCCCCACCCCGAGGUAAAGCAAGAACACAUUCUAGAUGGGGGUGAAGUCUAAAAAAGACAGUGUGUACACUGAGUGGGACAGCUGUAAAUUGUGUUUUGUUUUGUUGCAGAAAAAUCACAUAUGAACAUUUAUUCAGGGUUUCAAAUGCUAUAUUUUUAUACCCACUCAGCUGAAAUGCUGCAAGAUGAUGACUGUGUCCUGUAAAACAGAAAGAGGUGCUUUGUGAACGUCAUGCCAGUUCUUCAGAUGAUGUGGAGUGAGUACAGGAGAAGUUUGCCUGCCUCCAUAGUACCAACUAGUAUCUGUUAUCCUUAUUAACCAGCUUUUAUCCUGACAUUUCUUUUCAGUGCCACCUGGUCUUUAAGGGGCACGACCAUUCAUCAAUGGUUUUCAGUGAUGUUGACAAACAUUGAGCUCCUUAAAAGCAUAUUUCAUUAAAAUUUAACCGUUGUACUUUCAUCAUUUUCCUCCCAAGUCUGAACACUUGGCGUUCCAUUAAAUUAAUCAUGUAUAAUACAGCUUAUAUUCUGUUUAAUAUGUCUUAAAAGUUGAAUCAGAAUGUGGUCUGAUCAGCAGUGUCUAGCAAUGAGGAGAAGGGUGCAGUUGGUAUAUUAGUAGAAUAUCCCUUUAGUGUACACAACACAUUUCUGACAGAUAAUCUGCUAUUAUAUCUGAUACUGUGAUAUCUGAUAUGAUAGUUAACAGAUGUAUUAUGAACUUGACAGAUGGUUGGCUUCACAUUCCGUGGCUGCUCAGGUGGUUGUAUCUGACUGCCGCUGUAAGUUGCGUAUGUGUGAUGUAACCUAUGACACAGAUGUGCUCCGUCAGCUAACCAUUUGAUUGCAAUCAUGCCUUACAUCUGUUGGUCUUUAUCCCUUAAGCACUGAUGAACACAGCAAAUCAGAAAAUAAGUGAUUUUUAACUCUCAAACAUGCUGUAUCAAUACCAUUCUCUCAGAGAUUGUGUGUUUGAGUCAGUAGAAAGCACUUUAAUAAUUUUUGUUUUGUAUUUUAAUUACAUGUAUGGGGUAUGUGUGUGUACAUUUGUGUAUAUAUAUAACAUAUAUAUGUACAUACAUACACACACACACAGACACACACACGCACACACAAUUAUAAACAAUUUGAGAGUUUUGUGAGUGGGUAAAGAUUGUUUUGAGUGUUAUCUCUGGCAAGUAGGCGCAAUCCAUUACUGCAUCAAAAACUGAAUUGUGAUUGAAAGUGGUGGGUGAAACCAUUUAUUGUUUUGUUCUCUGGAUACGUGAUUGGGUUUUGUGUUUUGUUUGUGGUCACUAACAAGUUUUCCAGACCCUAGUCCUACAGUCCUGAAUAACCCAACCCAAUCCCAAACACGGGAUUAUACCCUCAAAGUCAGUGGUCAUAAUAUUGGCAUUAGUCUUUAAAGUAUGCACAUAUGCUGUCUCCAUGAAAUUAAUUGUGGUAUAUAUUAAAAAUCCCUGCAUUUCGUGUACCUUAGUCUAUAUUUUCUUUCAGUCUGAUUGUGGAUAAACUACUGGUGGGGAAGAACCAAAAUAAACAAUUAUCUUUUUA